AUAAUGCAACACACGCAUCCAAUUUCACAUUUCCCAACGCCAUCUUACAUCCUGUCAUCCCACGAAUCCCCUCGUGAACGCCCCUCUGCAUAAUCUCCCAUCCCCACCUCAGAUCAUUCGUAAAUCCAUCUUUCAUCAUGGCUAAUAUGCUUCUUCAAAUUCGGUAAACAAAUUUAUCACACAUUGUGCAGAGCCAAGAUUCUAAAUCCGCAUCACUAUUUCUUUCAUAAUUUUUGUAACAACUCGAGCUUCAAGUUGUUCAGACAAUCACCAACUUAUAUUAUACUCUCCGUCUCUUUUUAGUUGUCACGUUCAACAUCGUAUUCAAUGAAUUCUUCUGGCUUCUUCGUAAUAUGCCUGCUCCAUUCGGCAUUAUCAGUAUCUUGCGGCGCGCUCAUAAUGUUUUAUCUGAACGAAAUAUCCGCAUUCGGUCACGGCACUGAAACCGCUUCGAAACUCAUGGGAUCAACGCCGCAUGAUCAGCUAUUGAAGCAGAUCUCCGACUCGUUCGCGGGGCUGCUUCUUGUGGCGAUGGGAUUUUUGCUCUUCAUGGUUGCGUUUGUCAAGGACAGGGAGUUUCAGAACUUCUUUGCGAAAGGGUGUGUGCUUGUUCAUGUUUCGAUGGCUCUGUGGAGAGUGUUCUUCGAGAGGAGGCUCGAAGAGUUGGCUCAUGCGUGGCCGAGACAGCUGGUUGGGGAUUUUUUGCUGGCGCUUUCGUGGGUUUUCUUUCUUGCGUACUCUUGGAGGGAGAAGUAUGAUUAGAUUAGAUCGACUUGACAAUGUAAAUGCAUUGUGAGCUCCUGUGUUUCGAGUUGUAUAUUGAUGUUUUUACGAAUAAAUUAUGUUCUUGCAUUCUA